UGGGAUUAACUUCACUGAUUGUCUAUGAGACCAUUUCAAAUGUGACCCUGAGGGCCAACGUCAUUGAUCUAAUGGAACUGAAUGACACUGCCAUUUUCUCCUGCUCUGUGUCCUCUGGCUCCUCCCCCUUAUCUUACCGCUGGCUGAAUGGCAGCUCUGAGGUCACAGCCAGAUAUGGAAUUCAGCUUGGUGAUGGAGGCCGUACUCUCACCAUAGCCAAUGUGACCCGGUAUGACCAGGGACCAUACAGGUGUAUUGUGUCCAACCCCGUCAGCAGUAAACCCAGCCAGAAUCUAACCCUCAUCAUCAGCUAUGGUCCAGAAAACAYCACAAUGAAGGUGACCCCUCUAGAUGUACUGUAYGGAUCAGGGUCAAACCUCACCCUGUCCUGCUCAGCUGAGUCCAGUCCGUCUGCCCAGUUUCAGUGGCUUCUGAAUGGAACACUGCUGUCCAAUAACGGACCAGAACUCAGACUGGAGAACAUCCAGGCCAGUCAGAGUGGUAGCUACAGCUGCUGGGCCCAUAACACCAGAACCCUGAGGUACCAGAYAUCUGAGCCCUCUGACAUCACUGUGCUAGAUAAGUGGCAGAGAGGAGAUGGAGACAGUUAUGAGAGGAAAGAGAGACUGGCUCUGGGGUGCCAUGGCUGAACUGACUUAAAUGUUUAAGUUUUGUUCUCAAGACCAUUGCAAGGUCUUUAAGUACACCUUCCUCAAUGUGCAGAGGUACGAGCCCUGGUGUACUGGACACCCCCGCAGCCCCUGCAAGGUGGGAGGGGGGGUUGUGUCACGAGCUCUGGGAACCCUUGCGCCUGUCAUCGAUAUCAUUAAAAUGUAAUCCUMAUAAAUGAUUUUGACAGUAAACCUCCAAAAAGUAAUUCAUAAACUGUUUCAAUUUCCAAAUGUACUAGGAAGCUAAAUGUUUGUUUCUUGG